ACGUGGUAAAUCACGCCUAGUGAUACACGGAAAAUGCUCAGUUUUCUCUACAAGUCAUCGGAUAAUAAACGCCACUUAUAAACGGCGGUUUUUCUAUUCGGCUCAUUACAUUCGUUAAAAUCGUCAAGUGAACGCAUGUCGAGGCUUAAUCAAUAUGAAAAUGGCCAUUCUGAUUUCUUUGUGCUUUUGUGCUCAUUCUGUCCAUUCAAUACCAAUUAAACAACAUAAUGACGCAAGUUCUGCCCAUGCAAUGAAUCAGUCGUCACUGUUUGAAAACAUGGAUCUUGUUGGUUUGCUAAAGACGCAUCAGAAGAGUGAAAUUGAUACAUUUCAACGAAAGUAUGGCUCAAUGACCAUUGCACCAAUUUCAAUGGAUAAAAUCAACGUUCACGAAACAGCCGAAACGAUACAAUCGAAACAAUUAGUACCAGAACUUUUUCACAAAUUUGGUCCGUAUAUUCAAAAAUUGGAAUUAAAUUACGAUCAAUUAUCAUCAAGAGGAGAUCGCAAACAAAUCCAUAAGCUGAUUGUGACGCAUUGUGCCGAUUCAUUGAUAUCACUCAGUUUGUUCCGAUGGGAUGUGACAAUCCUGCAAAGUUUGAAUGUGCUCAAAAAGGUCGAAAACUUGACAUUAACCGGAUAUGUGAAGGUGUCCAAAGGGUAUUUCAACUUCAAUUAUUUUCACACUCAGAAAAAAUUGAAUGAAAUAUUCCCAGGAUUGCGUCGAUUAUCCUUGGAUUAUGCUCUGGGAGCGGAACCGAUAUUUGACGUUGAAUUUUCACAGCUAGAGCAAGUGAAAAUUACAUCCACUCGGCCAUUGACCGAUGGAAACAGCUUCAGCAACACAAAAUUGGCAUUGAAAAAACUGUUUUCGAAAAAUCCACAGAUUCGAAACUUCAUCUACGUUUAUUGCGACUCAUUGGAAAUACUGAAAAUGGCCAGAGAUUAUUUGCCAAAUCUUGAAACGCUCCAGGUCAACGUACUUCGACUGAACGACGAAUUCGAUGGCGAAAAGAUCUACUUUGCAAAUCUUAAAAAGGCUUAUCUCUGGUCUGACGAAGUGGCAUUAUCACAGUUUCUCGCGUUUGACCAACUCGACGAGCUUUACAUGACCUGCGCGGCUGAUGAGUGCGUCAAUUUCAUCGAACAGAAUAAAAAUAUGCGGAACAUUUUUAUCGCCGGCAAUUCACUGAAUGACGAAGACAUCUUGGAAAUCGGCGAAGAGAUAACGUAUUUGGAUGAAUUGUUCAUAGCAACGACCGCUGAAAUUGAUACGCACACCAUUAUCGAUUACUACAAAUUUAAUUCGAAUGUGAAAAAUUUCCGACUCGAAAUCAUUGACUCACAGUUUUUCAACUCGCGGAUGGAAGGCGAAACGCUGGAGAAACAUUUUGAAUGAUUGAACUAGCACAUGAAAAAAUUUGAUUUCGUUUUUUAUUUUAUAGAAAAAUAUAUGGUCUUCAGUUUAGUAUUGUCAUUUGAGAGUUGAUUUAAUGAGAAUGCAGCUACAUAGUGUAAAAGAGUGUUGGAAUUACAAAACCAAUGAACAUACAGAGAAAAAUGUGAGAAAUGGCCAUCAACAAUGUGGUUGAAAGAGUUGAAAGUAAAAUAGCACUUACUUUUUCCUUAAGAUCGUUUACAUUUCUACGGACGCGGAUUCAACCUAUCAAAAAUGCCUUGUGAAAUAAAACUCGGAAGCAUGUUCAAUUUCCCAUUGAAUUUAUUCUUAUUUUUAAUUUGCUCGUG